AUGCCGAGAGCCUUGUCCUUUAUCCUCUUAUUGGCCAUACGUUCUGAGCAAUUCGAUUUUUUCAAACGUCAGACUAUAAGUUUGUCAGCUUCUCGUUUGUAUUUUAGACUUAUCGAAAGCUUAAAGAAAAUUCCCGACGAUCUCAACACCGAUUUGAAUCUGGUCCGCUGGAUACGUGGAUACCAAGGAAAUAUCGAUGAAAUCUGCAAGAAAUUUGCUCAUUAUGUUGCCUCACGGGAAGCAGCUGGCUUUACUGGACGGGAUCUUCCAGAAAGGUUCUUCGAGAUGGCGAUGAUCAAGCCGUUUCUGCCAUUCAUCGCUUCUUCGCGGCUCGGCGAUUCUGUUUGGUCUGACGAGCAUAACGCCUUUAUGUUCGUCGAGCGGGCAUGGGCUCAGCCUAGAGAAUUCAUCAAGACGUUCAAAACCAGCGACUAUUUACUGCAUUGCUUUGGCUACUCCGAAUUACUACUUCAACUGAUUCUAGAACGGGAGCGAACUCAGCCAAAAGAACGUGGUCCGGUUCAGUUUAUUGUGAUAUUCGAUCUUGCAACCGUUAACAUCACAGACUAUGUGAAUCCAAUGAGCGGCUACAUGAAACUUUGGCAGAUAAGGUCAGAGAUGUGGCAGGACUGGUAUCCGGACGUUGUUCAACGAAUCUAUCUCGUCAAUCCACCUCGUCUUGUGAGUUUAUUGUGGAAAAUCGCCAGGCUUUUCCUUACUGAGCAGAAUCUUCGGAAAAUGGAAAUCGUGGGCGAAAAGGAGAUGACAAAGCAUGUGAAUAAAAACUACGUACCAAAAGAGUUUGGAGGUGAGAUUAUUGUGACAGGAGGUUCCUAUUUUGUGUUAUGCAACCACAACGAUGCUGAGAUAUCUGCAAAACUCUGGGCCGCAGAUGUCUGCGGUGAGGAACGACCGCGCUAUUACCCUUAUCUUAACUGA